AGCCGAAUCGUCAGACAGGAUGCUGAUCUUCUGGACAAUCACACUUUUCCUUCUGGGAGCAGCCCAAGGAAAUGAAAUUUGCUAUGCGGAUCUUGGGUGCUUUUCUGACAUUGAGCCUUGGGCUGGCACUCCAAUCAGGCCUCUAAAGCUUCUCCCCUGGAGCCCAGAGAGAAUCAACACCCGCUUCCUACUCUACACCAAUGAAAACCCAAACAACUUCCAGAUUCUUCGUCUCUCGGAUCCAUCAACGAUUGAGGCAUCGAAUUUCCACAUGGACAGGAAGACUCGCUUCAUUAUCCAUGGCUUCAUAGACAAGGGAGAAGAGGGCUGGGUGGUAGAUAUGUGCAAGAACAUGUUUGAGGUGGAGGAGGUGAACUGCAUUGGUGUGGACUGGAAGAAAGGCUCCCAAACCACCUAUACACAGGCUGCCAACAAUGUGCGAGUCGUGGGUACCCAGGUGGCACAGAUGCUCCACAUCUUGUCGACAAACUACAGCUACUCACCUUCCAAUGUCCACCUCAUCGGCCAUAGUCUGGGAGCUCAUGUGGCUGGAGAGGCAGGGAGCAGGACUCCGGGCCUGGCCAGGAUUACCGGAUUGGAUCCUGUAGAAGCAAGCUUCGAGGGCACUCCUGAAGAGGUCCGACUCGAUCCCUCUGAUGCUGACUUCGUCGAUGUGAUUCACACAGAUUCAGCUCCCUUGAUACCGUUCUUAGGUUUUGGAUCAAAACAAAUGUUGGGUCACCUUGACUUCUUCCCCAAUGGAGGCGAGAACAUGCCAGGCUGCAAGAAGAAUAUCUUGUCACAGAUUGUGGAUAUAGAUGGCAUCUGGUCUGGAACCCGGGACUUUGUGGCCUGUAAUCACCUACGAAGCUACAAAUAUUACUCGGAGAGUAUCCUCAGCCCUGAUGGGUUCACCGCAUACCCCUGCACCUCCUACAAGGCCUUUGAGUCUAACAAGUGCUUCCCCUGUCCAGACCAAGGAUGCCCACAAAUGGGUCACUAUGCUGAUAAAUUUGCUGGCAGGACAAGCGAGGAGCAACAGAAAUUCUUCUUGAACACAGGAGAUGCCAGGAAUUUUGCACGCUGGAGAUACGGGGUUUCUGUGACGCUGUCUGGGAGAACAGUCACUGGCCAGAUCAAGGUCGCGUUGUAUGGAAAUAAGGGGAACACUCGCCAGUACGACAUCUUCAGGGGGCUUAUCACGCCAGGUUCCACCCACUCCAACGAGUUUGAUGCAGAGCUGGAUGUUGGCACCAUUGAGAAAGUCAAGUUUCUUUGGAAUAACCACUUGGUAAACCCAACUUUCCCCAGACUGGGUGCAGCCAACAUCACUGUGCACAAGGGAGAGGAUAAGACAGUGUACAGUUUCUGUAGUGAAGACACCGUGAGAGAAGAUGUUCUGCUCACUCUUAUGCCCUGUCCAACACCAGGCACCAUGUGAUCCCUUGCAAAUCUCAAUAAAAUCCGUUGUUUCAUCUGUCCA